AUGAAGAGGCUCCUCGCCGCCCUAAUCCAGGACAGCCUUCCGCCGCCUCAGCUGAAGCAGGCCCACGCCCUCACCGUCACCGGAUUCCCCGACCUCGCCCCGCAGCUCCUCAAGUGCACCUGCAACUCCUUCGCCGCCGACUACGCCCGCCAGCUCUUCGACGCAUUGCCCCUACCGGCACCGGGCGCCGCCGACGCCCUUGUGAGCUGCUGCUCCAAGCUCUCCCGGCACGCCGACGCGGCGGAGGCCUUCUUCUCUGCCCACCGCCGGCACUUCCCGGUGGAGUUCUUCUCCUUUCCGGCCGUCUUCAAGGCCUGCGCGCAGCUCGGCCUCUCCGAUGCCGGUAGGCCUCUGCACUGCCUCGCCAUCAAGCGCGGCGUCUCCUCCAACGACUUCGUGCAGAGCGCCCUAAUCAAUUUCUACUCCAAGACCGGCGAUCUUGGCUCCGCCCGGCGGGUUUUCUCUGGGAUCACCGCGAAGGACCCCGUCACCUACAACUCGCUCAUAUCCGGCUACUCCAAGGCCGGCGAUGUAGCGGCCGCUCGCCGGCUGUUUGACGAAAUGGCGGAGAGGACCGUGGUCUCCUGGAAUUCGAUUAUCUCCUGCUAUGGCCACAACGGGAAUCCCGUGGAGGGGCUGAAGCUGUUCGAGAGGAUGCUCUCUGAGGGCGGUGCUGUUGCCCCCACCGAAACCACCCUCGUCUCGGCGCUGUCCAUCUGUGCAAAGCUCGGCGACAUUGCCUCGGGCUUGAAGGUGAUGAACCUGAUCAAAGAUCACAACCUGCGCCGGGAUCUGAUCGUUAGCACCGCCAUCUUGGAGAUGUACGUCAAGUGUGGAGCCGUCGACGAGGCCCGGUGCGAGUUCGACGCGAUGCACCGCCGAGACGUCGUCGCCUGGAGCGCCAUGAUCGCCGGCUACGCCCAGAACGGCAGGCCGGAGGAAGCCCUGCAUCUGUUCCAGCAAAUGAGUUCCCAGAACGUCCAGCCCAACGAGGUCACCCUCGUGAGCGUCCUCUCCGCCUGCGGCCAGCUGGGCUCCGUCGACGCCGGCGAAGCCAUCGGCAACUACGUCGAGGCCCGAGGCCUCGCCGCCGGCGUCUUCGUUGGCUCCGCCCUGGUGGACAUGAACGCCAAGUGCGGCAACAUCCAGAGGGCCCGCCGGAUCUUCGACGAGAUGCCCGAGAAGGACGUCGUCACCUGGAACUCCAUGAUCGCUGGCCUGGCCUUCAAUGGCCUAUCGGCGGAGGCGCUCGACAUGUUCCGACGGAUGAAGCACGCAGCCGGCGUGGAGCCCAAUGAGGUGACCUUCGUGGGCCUGCUAACGGCCUGCACACACGGGGGUCUCGUCGAGGAGGGCCUCGCCAUCUUCGACAGCAUGAAGGCGGAUCAUCACGUCGCGCCGAGCGUCGAGCACUGCGCCUGCGUGGUGGAUCUUCUCUGCAAGUCCGGAAGACUGGAAGAGGCCUUCGGCUUCGUGGCGGAGAUGGAGGUGGAACCCAACGUCGUCAUCUGGGGAACCCUGCUGAGCGCCUGCCGGCUCCGCUGCAACGUCGAGCUCGCCGAGCUUUGCGCGCAGAGGCUCCUCGUUCUGGAGCCCGAUAACUCCGCCAACUACGUCGUACUCUCCAAUCUCUACGCCGGCGCGGGGAGAUGGGCGGACGCGUUCACCACGAGGGGAACCAUGAAGGAGAAGCGAGUUCAGAAGACGGCUGCCAACAGCUGGGUGGAGGUGGAUGACUCGGUCCACGUGUUCCUUGUCGGAGACACGUCCCACCCGCGGUCGGACGAGAUUUACAGCGUGGCUCAUGGAUUGGGCCUCCUAAUCGAAGUGGGCUAA